AUGUUGUGCUCCACUGUUGGUUCAGGUUUGUUUUAUUUCUGCCAGGCCCCCGAAGUGCCUAAUCAGUCACAACGGGCCGGGUCUCUUGGGAUGUUAACGCACAUGCAAGCACCAUACGCAUACAUAAAGGUCACCUUCAUCCUGAGUUUUCCAUCACUCACUUUCAUCCGUCUAACUUCUAGUUCGUCUUCCAUUUUCACUAUGUUGUUUGCUCGUGCAGCUCUUGCCUCUGGUAUCAUAUUUCCCCUAUAUAUCUACCCCGGAACCAGCUGUUCAGGUUGGACACCCCUCAUCAAUGCUAUCACUACCCACCCCAAUCUACCCUUCUGGGUGGUCGUAAACCCUGCAAGUGGACCAGGAGCCGUGAACUCACAGCCGGAUGCCAACUACCAAGCAUGUAUUCCCCAACUUCGCCCGGCCGCAAAUCCCAACGUCAAAGUUUUGGGCUACGUUCCAACAGGAUUCGGCUCUCGUGCACAAUCCGCUGUCCAAGCUGAUAUCACAACUUAUUCGCAAUGGGGAGCUUCUUACAAGCCCAACGGAAUCUUUUUCGAUGAGGUUGCAGCGAACAGCGCAAAUCAGAUCUUGUAUUCGGGAUACUCGGGUUUCGCCAAGAACAAGAUCAGUGGUGCCGUGGUAGAUUACUCUAACCCAGGGGUGGCUACGCCGGCCGAGUACUACGGAUUCAGUGACCAGAUUGUCACUCGUGAGGACAAUUACAACAAUUUUAGUCCAAGUCAAUACACCAUUGGUAGUUCUACCCCAGCUUCCAAACAAGCUGUCAUAUUGCACACAACCGAAACCACUCCCCCAACUUGUAUGUUAAAUGCUAUUGUCCGCGUCGAUAAAAUAGGUGCCGUCUAUUUUACGAGCGAUGUGCUCCCGAAUCCUUACGACAUGUUUCCCCCUUAUUGGGCUGGGUUGGUCGAUGCUGUCCAAACUGCUGCGUCAGCUUGA